GUCGCUUCCUCGCUUGCCUUCCUUCAUCCUCCACGCCUAUGUCGACAACGAGCGAAUCUAUCCCAUCUGGGAGACCAUCUUUCAACGAAGCCUCGCAGCCAGCAAGUCCUCUGCCCAUGUUUGAACACCAUCUAAGAGUCUUGAACGACUCCUACCUCAGUUUCUUCCUAGAAAGAAAGCGAAUAGAGGAGGUCUAUGUAGAAUCUCUCCUUAAGCUUCACCGCAAAUCCAAAGCCAUCGACACCUUUCUUGAUGAUAGAAUAGAACUCAACACAGCCCGAAGGGCAUGGUCAGAAGUUCGUGAUAAUCUAGAAAGAGAGGCUCAGACCAGGCAGGCUUUUCUCAGCACCCUAACAAUAGACGUCGUCAACUCCUUGAUCUCACUCAAGGAAACGCAAGAACGCACUCGGAAGCGUAUCAAGGACGAUCUAAAAGAGUCGGGCAAUGCGUACAGCGACUACUCCGAAUCGACACUACCAAGGCUCAAACGCAGCUAUUUAAGGAGGUGUCAGGAAGUUGAGGACUGCAAAGCUGCUGCCGCCGCCGCUCCGCCCCCUAUGUCAGUUAACCCUGCUGAUCAAGGGAUUGUCCCUUCUCCGAACAUCCGACCGGUGCCAAACUUGCCAAGCAGACCUAAUGUCACCUCACCCCACCCCCUGCGUCCAUUAGAUCGUCGCCCUUCUGGAAGUGGGCCGACUUCCCGACCUCGCUCGCCGCCAAGCGGGAGCACGUUUUCUGAAUUUGCUCACCAAGGAAAGCAUCUGAAAAAUCAACUGAUGACCUUUCUUGACAAGAGUGGAACGGUCAAGGAAACCCUCGGGCGUUCUGAAAACACUGCUUUAAGAGGUGUUCGUGCAAAGCGUGAAGCUGACGAAGCUGACCGAGAGUAUCGCAAGGGUGUUCACUGGCUAGAAACUCUCAGAUUACAUCGCGCCAAGAUCCUUGAAGGCGCAUACAAGAGUCUUGAGCUAUUCGUUCAUGACUACUCAACGGCUGUGAAAGAUGCGCUUAUCAAAUAUAGCGAUAACAUGACGGCCACUUCGGCUACACAAACCCAAUUAGCUUCGCACGCGCGCUCGAUUGUCGACAGAGUCAGCCCCGAAGUUGACGUCAAUGCAGUAACACAAAUCAUUCCCCGUGCACUCGCAACAGCAACGCCGCAGCCGACCCUAUACUACAAUUACUACGUCGGAGAGUGUCGCGAUCUGAUCUUCGGCGUCAGUCUCGUGGACUAUGCCACCGCCCGAAACCUCCCAGAACAUGAGAUUCCAAGAAUCGUUCGGAUAUGUAUACAAGAAAUUGACCAACGAGGCUUGGAGUCAGAAGGUAUAUACAGGGUUUCUGGACGGCAUGCUGUAGUCCACGAAUUGCGGCAGAAGAUCGAGCGCAACGAAUCUGCUUUUAAGUUUAAUCCCACGACAGAUGAUGUGUAUGCUGUGGCUUCAUUCCUGAAGAUGUAUCUCAGAGAGUUACCUGAGCCGUUGUUCAAAUUUGCUCUGCAAGAUCGCAUUGACUAUACAGAAGACCGCGCGGAUCAUCAAACGAACAGUUUCACGUUGUUACGCUCCAAAAUACGACGCCUACCAGGUGUUCAUCGUGCCACACUACGUGUGGUGGUAGAACAUCUAGCACGCGUUGUGGCGCUGUCUGAGAAAAAUAAGAUGGACGCACGGAACUUGGCGAUUGUUUUCAGUGCCGUGAUCUUUGGAGAGGAUGAGAUCCCCAAGGGCGGAGAUCUCUUGAGUGUGCAAUCAUGGAGGGACACGCUUAUGGAAGAUCUGAUCGAAAAUGUUGGCAUGAUAUUUGAAGAAUUGCCUCCCCCGUCCGCGUCCCCUCCUCUUCCGGACGCCCCUGUAGGAGAACAACCUUCCGUGUACCCGUACGGCUCUACGCAUACACGCGUGGCCAGCCUUCCUCCACUUCUACCAUCUCGGCCGAACGAAGAUUUCACGCCAAAGCUGCCCCCGAGGCCAAAUUACAGCAUUCACCCUUCUUCUCGGGCGAACCCUGUCUCUCCUUCCAGAAGCACGAUUGAGCCACCACCUACCCCUUCAUGGCCUCCCUCACUCCAUGAGGAGAACAUCACAGAUAUACCAACAGAAGUGAUACAGGUGUUUGACGAUACCAGUAGCUCGGACUCGCCACGCGAUUCAAGCCAGUCACCAAGGUCUGGCAGAUCUGUGCAUCCUAAGUCUCCGUCGGAACCGUCUCCGUCGUCAUGACCGGAUCCCUCAACUAGUCCAUUGACAUUAUUACUUUUUCCCCCUGGUGUACUGUGGUUCCCGGUUACAAAUACUAGUUCA